AGCCAUGCCCCAAGCCCUGCCCACCUCGACCCACCAUCCAACCUUGCAGGAUUUGGUUUCUCUGAAUGUUUACCUGAACUCUGCUAUAUUGUUAUUCAACCACUCAGAAAAUACUCAACCAAUCAGGGGAGCAGAGCUCAGAGCCUCCUCUCUUCUGUCGUUACUAGAGCUCCAGAGACAAUCCUGAGACAGGAGAUGUAAAUCUAUAUUGAGAUGGUUUUUGGUUCUUAAAACCACAAAUAUCUUCUCAUGAAUCAACACUUCAAAUAAAACACCAGAAAACUGUAAAAUAUAGGGCCUUUAAAUAACUGACUUAAUCAUCUUACAUCCCCUCAGAUUUAUCUUGGGACCACUUGAUCACUUCAAGUAGUCCUAGUCCAACACCAGAUUGAGAAUUAAUCGUUCAAACAUACUGUAUCUAAAGUAACUAAACAAUCGGUUAUGUACAUUUUGCAUUGAACAAUGAAGACAUUUGCUACAAAUCAGUGACAUCAUAUGCUACUUUUGUUAACAGUCCAACUUGUUGACAUUUGGAACAACUUCUGCAAAUCUUGAAAACCUUAUGAUUAUUCAGAAAUGUUCCGGUUUAACUUGUGCCAUUACUCCAUUUCCCACCCGAGUCCUUCCAGCUGCUCUGGUCUCGUGGUUCAGAUAGAAAAUCCAAAUAUUUUGUGUUGAAUUGUUUGAAUGAAAUCUAAUAAAACAUCCAUGUUGCGAAAACAAUAGGGAGAUGUGAAUCCAAGGAAAUGGCAGGAUCAACAACUUCUCAGCGAAUGUGACGAGGACCUUUGAACCGUUCAAACAAAAGGCACAGAGCCACGUGUCACUGAGGGGAUGAACACUGCAGGACAUUCCCUUUUGUUCUUAUCACAUACCUAUGUCUAAGAACUGACUCGCACACUUUAAAUAUGAGGUCAUUUUUCUGGCAUGAUGACAUCUGAGAUUUAAAAGGAUGCGAGACGGACAGAUACUCUGAUGUCUGACUGUCAGAGGUGUUGACACACGGCAGACUGGACAGACCAGUAAGUGACAGGCAUCCCCUGUCAUGUUCACCGCUCCUAUAAGAUGCCACACUGUCUUACAGAGUCCUCAGUCAGCCAAGUUUCAGAUUUGACCAAACUCUGCUCCCUCAGGAAAGCAAGAAGCUGUAGCCAUGUCUAAAAAUAUGGUCGUGACCCAACCCCGGCCCUACAUCAUGACCACUGUAUCCAACCAGUGGACGUCUGGCAUCUGUGACUGCUUCCAAGACCUGCCCCAGUGCUGCCUGGCCUUUUGGUGCCUUCCCUGCUUCACCUGUAAGACCGCACACGAGGCCGGGGAGUGUCUGUGUUUACCUCUGCUGGACGCCUUUGGACUCAUCCCACCUAUGACCACAGCCCUCAGGGUGUCAGUGCGCCAGAGAUAUGGCAUUGAGGGCACAGUCUGCAAAGACUGCGUGUACGCCUUCUUCUGCGGGCCCUGCACCUGGUGUCAAAUAGCAAGAGAAAUCAAAACAAGGUCGAGCCCCAUUACCUUCGUCAACAUGUCAGCCUGAUAAGAACAAAGACUUUUUUUUUAUCAUCAUGUCAUCAGUAGUAGAAAACAAACAUCACUACCAUCAUCAGGGACUAUGUUCUUCAUCAUCAGCGUUGUCAUGCUAUUUGGAAUAAGAGGGGAGGGCCGCUCGGGCCAACUGACCUGUGUUUCUGAGCAGGUCUGCUGCUGUGGAAUGUCACAAAGCAGCUGAUUAGAGAUCAGCACAUGAGGGUCACAAAUGUUUCAUAAUUUACUGUAAUGACAGAGAUAAGCAGCCACAGUGACAUCCACUGGCAGAUAUUAAUGAGCACCAGCCAGUGACAAUGAUAUAACUGCAUUGUUGAUUAUCUUAAAAUUUAAAUUGGGUUUUUUUUUAUUCUUAUACUUCGCCUGUCACAUCCCAGAUGUUCGUUACAUGUGUUUCUUUAAUUGCAUGAUCCAUUGGAUUGAUUGUUAUCCUUCCGAAGUAUGUGUUUAACUAUAAAUUGGCUUAUUUUCAUUCGUUAUAUGAAAAGCCAAGGAGGAAACUCAUUAAAUCAUACAUUGGGAUUUUUGGAGCCAUACAAUGCGCCCAGAUAAUUUAGAAGCCUAUUUUGUAUUUAGAACAUAGCGACUACAUGUGAGUCCACUAGAACAGUGCAAUAAAACUCUG